AGUCAGCGACAAGACUUUCCUUGUUCUCAGGCGCCUCCUGGAUAUAACUCCUCAUAAAUCCACUGACUUCUUCCCUCUCCCUCUUUAAUGAUCUUGAGGAAUUUGAACUAUUCAUCCCACGUUUCUUUUUGAAUUCCAAUUUUUUCCUCGCGCAACCAACAUUGAAUCGUUUCCAUUGAUUCUCGUUUUAUUCCUGUUGUUGCUUAAGUCCUUAUUUGCAUAAGGCUUUAUUUGGUUAUAAUACAAGAUCAAUAAUUAUAUCUCAAACGUAUAAGUACAUAGAGAUAGUAGUACAUACUGCUCAUACGUAUAAGUACUAGAUCUUUACCAAGAAUUAGAAGAGCAAGAUGCCGCGUACAUCGAAGAGUUUGACCGAGAUGUGCCGUGGUGCUCCCGCGGCAAGCGAGCAUGAGGCUUUGCGCCUCCUCGAGGAUCGCUUGAGGCACGGUCAUGGCUGGACUUUCGUCUCUGAUCGACGUGAUGACCACCUCUUGAUUCUGGACGAAACCGUUGCCGAGGAGGGCCUCGAAUGCCUCUUAGACAGUGAGCAAGGUUACUUUUCCGGUCGUAACCAAGGCACUACUACAACCGCCCAAGGCGUGAGGACUAUCGGUGGAGCGGAAGCUGUGCGCGGCACUCGAUUGUCAGAGAAGGACGGCGCCUUGGUCUGCCUCGGAGACAGCACUAGGUGCGUGGGCGCAAGCGUGAUCACCAAGUUGUUGGCGCUCGAUGGAGUCCGAACUGGUACAGGCGACAAGGAUGGCGCCGGCAAUAAUGUGAACGACAGCACUUUUAAGAAUGCUGCUGCUGCAUCGAAGUCGACGAAACAGCGUGCAACGGCUACAGGCGUUUGCGCAAAAGUUUUUGCUAGUUCCGCUUUUGACCCUGAGUCCUUCUCGCCGCGAACCACCAGUCGCCGAGCCUCGAAGAAUUCCGCCAAUUCGCCCAAUACUGGUACAAUCUCCGACUCCCUACGUGGUAGUUCGUUUCGUGCAAAGAGUCUGAUUUUGCCGAAUCCUCGAAAGUUUGAUUCCUCGACGCCAGUGUCUGCGUCCGACCGAGUGUCGGUCGGCUUUGCAGCAGCCGCGGAUGUUCCCUUGGCCAAUCGCUACCGCAUGGCGUGCUACGUCCUCAAAGAGUUUGCAGUGUUGCCUGGCGCACCCUUGGCGUUUCCCCACGUGACGGAACUGGUGUUCGACCAGUCGGAGCGCUGCAUUGGCGUCAUGAUCGAGCCCACGUUUGGACCCCUGCAUCUGCACACCACCGAGUACCGCGUGUUCGACUACUUGCGGUUUCCAGCAGGGUCGCAGCCUCUCAGGCCGAGUGCGAUCCCGACUAGAGGCCGUCUCAGCUCCUACGGCGGCGUGCAGGGGAACCCGAGGACAGGCCCGAGCCCGUGCAUCAGCUUCGAAGAGGAGACCAGUGAAGCUUUCCGCAACGCGGGAGUGACCCUGGGCAACCCUGCGCUGCGCAAAGCGCUGAGUGCACUGGGCGUCUCCGACAACAACGUCGCGCAAGUGGCACGCGUCCUGGCCGGAUUGGAAGUCCUUUCGAGGAUUGAAUUCGUAGAACCAUCUUCUACUGCGAGUGCGAUGUUGAGUGAAGACAGGAGCACAAGCACGAGUGGCAAUUCCAGCCGCGCCAGGCUCACUGCUCCGAGCCAGCAGUUUCUGAUUGACGCCAGCCGGUUCUUGGGUUUAGAUUCUGAGCGGCUGUACGCCUAUUUGACGCUGAGCCCGGUGCGCACGCCAGCCGAGCGGGGCAGCCACGAACAGCACGUCCAAGAGGACGGGUUUGCCGGUGACAAUGACGCCGUGAUCGAAUUGGAUCCCGCUAAUGUGAUCAAACCAGGAGGAGCUUUACCCAACGACGAUGCAGGUGACGGUGCAGGUGCCGAUCCGAUGGGAGCGCCAAUGCGUGCUGCCACGACCUCCAUGGUAAGCAAUGCGCCGCCUAGCACUCAGUUUUUGCGUUCCGAACUACGCCGCUUCAUCCGCGUCGUCUACAAUCGUUUGUUCUACCGCUUCGUGCUGCGCUCAGUGAACAAAAGCUUGGGCGGCGAGCUGGCGCCCAUGAUGGCCCAAAUCGUUGAGCACUUUGGCAAGAAGAACACGGACUCUGACUCUUCCUCAACGAAGAGGAUGCAGAUGCCUCCUCCUGUCGAUUCUCCACCCGUCAUCCCGAUCCAGGCGCAUCCUGGUUGCCUUCUCCACGCGAAACAACUCUUGCAGCGGGACGCGGCAGAAAAGCAUCCGGCAGACCCGAGUGCCGCUAGUCCGUUUUCUCCGCUCUUAGCGACCAAGGCAGUGGUAGCGGUGGUGGACGGUUUGUCGGACGUGACUGAGGCGAGUGACGAUUGCUGGACUAAAUUCUUCAAAAAUUUGGCCUUCGAGAAGGUGCAAGGGGUCUUCGAAGACGCGCUGGCGAAAGAACAAGCGGUUUACCGCCAAGAAGGCCUCUCGCUGGACAAAUCGACCGACUUCGAACACCACGCAAAAGAGCGCGCAGGACUGCUGCAGAACAUGCGCACGGUACUACAAGACCACAUGAUUAUUCACUUAAUAUCAAGGUUUUGACAUGAAUUGAUUGAUGCCUUUUCUCGUUUCAACGUGAAUAAAAACAAUCACACUGACUUGUAUUUUUAUGAAGUAGCAAUAUCAACACAUUCAUAUGGCACCAAACAGAUCGUAAGCAAGAUGGAUAAUUUCUUGCAUGCGGACAGUGCAGAGGGUGACCGCCACCGUCGUGCAGCCAGAAACGGUGCUGAUUUGGACGAGGCUUUCCAUCGCGACCUUGUGGAGCAUAGUGCACUGCCAAAGCACACGAUGCCAGGUCGUCGCAGCCUAACGUCGCGAACGUCUGGUGGACCUUCUGGUGGCUCUGGUGCUCCUUCUGGCAGUAUUACUGGAACAACUAAUAUUAAUAACGCUUUGACUGCGUCCCAAGUGUCCUUUGAGCUGGUGCACUACAACGGCAAGAACGUGGAGUACGACUUUCAGGGCUGGGUGGCCCGGAACGAGCGGGCCCUGCCACAGAAUGCAGAGCGAUUGAUGCAGACGUCGAGCGUUCCGAUUGUCCGCGUGUUGCUGCACGGACCCGACGCAGAGAGUUUGGUGGACCUCACAGCAGGAGCUGGAUUAGCUGGAGGAAAUCAGAAAGAUGGAAAUGCAGUGCUGGAGAUGAAAAGUGGAUCAUUUGCGUCUUGUUUUGAAGCGAAGACGGAGUGUAUGGUGAACGCAUUGCGGAGCGCAGGAAAUUCGCGUUUCAUUCGCUUGUUGCUGGCGACGACGGAUCAGCGCAGGAGGAACAACAUUCACGCGGAAAGCUUGGUUCUCGGUAAGAAAGCUGACAUGUUUCAAGCCGAUUUCGUGAUGCGGCAGCUUAUCAGUAGCAAAAUGAUGCACUUAUUCCACCUAAAGGCUUCGGGCUUCGAGUACCAUCUGCAGUACCAACCUCUGGUUGCGGCGUUUGCUGGUGAGAUUCUUGGUCGCAAGAAGCGCUCAGACAACUCAGGAGGGCAGGCUGCGGAAAGCGUGAGCAAUUUCGUACGUGAUAUGUCGUUUGGCGAGCAGGCCUCUAAAAGCAGAGGGGCUAACAAGUCUUCCUCCUCUCCCACUGGUGAAACAGCUUCUGCAAGCAAGACCAAGCUGGUGCUUCUGAAUACGGAAGGGACCAGUCCUCACGCUGGUGGAAGCUCGAUCUCUGGUCCGACGAUGGCGUUUUUGGAACUGCUCUUGGCACGUGUGGUCCACUGCAUUUUGUGGGAACAACGAAAAGCGCUCAAGGCUUCCGUGAAAGCGGGUACUGCAUCUUCAAAUGCCGCGUCUAGUACUCCUGGUGCUAAGCAAGCAAUGCCAAUGGGUUCGUCGUCAAGCAGCAGUUCUUCGUCUUCCGACGCCGAAGAGAAUAUCGAUUUCGACGAUGCAAUGUUGAAUGCCAAUGGCGGAGAGACGAAAGAAGACUACAACAUGCGUGGCGUCCCCACGAAGUUCUUGCUCGGGAAGGAUGUCGCGAUUGGCCACACCUUACUGUUUCUUCGCAGCGAGCAUCGUCGAGUCUACCUCUUCCUGUCCGAACUGUUGACGCUGCUACGCCAAGGAAACGAAGAGGAGGCGCGACAGCGUUUACACCUCCUUUCGAGGGAGAAAAAGAAGAAAAAAGAAAAGGAUCCGAAAUCCCCUGGAAGAAGAUCCUCAGUAAUAGACGCUGAGGCUUUGCGAAUGGCGACUGGCGACAAGGGGAAGCAAGACAAACAAGAUGCUGUACAACUUCUUACAUUUCAUGUCUUAGAUUGCUUUUAUUGAAUUUAAGUUGUUGCUUUCUUGUAGAAGUCCUUGUUGGGUCAUUUGGGAAUGAUCAGCAUCACUUCUCCAGUGUUAGCUCCACCGAAAACAAGCUUUCAAAACGGACGACCUCGUAAUCGUAGAUUUCAAUGAUUGAGCGCUUCGUUGAAGCAAGGAAUUGAAUUUGAUUAUUUUUGAAUGAAAUCAAAAUUUCUUGGAUUUCAAAUUGAAUUCUGAUUUUCAGUAAGAGUCGAUUUUGAUACGCACUGGGCUUUGUUCGUCUUCCAUUCGUGUUUUAGAUGGAUCCACCUUCACCUCUCUUGAAUUUCAGCUUGCUAGCCGCGCUUCCCGGGACGAGGUUAUCGAGCGGAUCCGGAAGAGUAUCAAGAAAGGCGAGAAACUUUCAGAGGAGACAGAAGCGCCAGCGAUUGCCCGCUCGUCGUUCGUCCCUGCUGCGCGAGUGAGUGCUUCCCGCAAAAGCCGACUUUCAGCUGCACCACGUACCGUAAUGGUCGAAGGAGAGGAAGCCGGCGCACCGGAAAUGAUGGGAGGCGAUGAUGGUGGUGAUGGUAAUGGUCCUGAAGGUCAGGGUGACGAAUUGGGGCCACCUCCUAGCACAGCACUCGGACUACCUCCUUCUAGUACGAUAGCUUCUUCGGCGAACAAGAUGCCGGCCAUGCCACAGCUGCCAGCAGUGCCCGAUGACGUGAUUCCUGCCGAGCCGAUGGCUGCAGACACGGUUCUCGACGCCUCGAACUUCGUCGCGGUGGCACCGAAAAAAGAACAGACUCCUGCGAAACAAGAGCAGCCUUCUGGUGCCGGUGUCAAACAAGAGCAGACUGCGGCAGCAACGGCCAGGCACCACGAUCACCAGCACGUGUCCGCUCACAAGAUGAAGGCUGAUGGGUCGUCGUCCAAGAAGGGCGUGCCUGCUGGGGAAGCGUCUGCUGCGGCCCCGUCUGCUGCGCAGAAGCAUCACCACCACGAACAGAAGCGUCCACAAGAAGCAAAGACGGCAACAGGACCCAAGGCUGCGCCUGCUGCACAAGAGGCGCCGGUUGAGCAAGAUGAACCAGAGGAUGCUGGCCCCCGGCGCGCGUCGUUGGAUAAGCUGCGCAGCGGUUCACGGGUAAAAGACCGGCUGAAGCAGUUCUCACAAGGGGAGACUGGCGAGGUGCCGCUUCCUGGCAGCAAUAUGCCGUAUGGCUCGAGCUACGACGGAUCGCCCUCUUCUAGCACUGCAGUCGCGGCUGCCCCUGCUGAUGGGAGCGGGCGAGCAGUUGCUUCCGCUGUGGAGAUCAAUACCGGCGAAAGAUCUUCCCUCAGUGGCGUGCCGGUGAAAGAGCGUGCAAAGCUGAUGGAGUCUCGCAAAUCCACGGUGCGGGGAUCUUCAACAGAGCGUGACCAUAGCAGUUCGCAGGACAAUGACUCCUCUGCGCCUCGCGCCUCCCUAGAGGCUAUUCAUCGGUCGGGUUCGGUGCGGGACCGGCAGAAGAAGCUGGAACAAGAGAUGCAGAGGAAAUCAGUAGUAGCCAGACCUGUCGAAAGAACACUGCCAAAAGCAGACGAUGAUGAAGAGAUGGACGAGUCAGAGGAAGAGGAGCAGCGCACAUCUGUGAGAGGGGAGGAUAAUAUUAAGUCAGCAAUUCCAACGGUAGAGGUGAUUCCAGCUCGUGCGGCCGAUGAGUCGGUAAUAUCGCAAAAGGAACAAGCUGCACCUCCGCAACCUCCGCAGACUGUUGUGCAACCGCCUGUCGGACCAGGUGCUCCUUCACGAAGUUCAAAUGAGACCGGCUCUGGCGUGAUGCCACCUAGAGCAGGAAGUGGCGGCAAUCUUGCGCCGAAAUCAAUGAUGCCUCCCUCUGGUCCUCUAGUGGUACCUCUGCCGAAGGAGGCGCCGCUGAAGCGUCCGACCUACGCAGCGCAUCGCAACAACGAGGCUGCCAAAGCAGUCAUUCGCGGCAAUCUGUACGCUGAUGGCGGAAGUUCGACCACUGCGAGUUUGUUGAAGAAGAAAACCAACGUGAAUAUGAUCAUGUCUGGGGCGUCCAGUGCGGCUGGUGACGCAGCAAGCACGACAGGAUCCACGCCUCCGCGAAGGAGCCUUUCCAGGUCUAUUUCCGGCAUCGGCAUGGCAAAAGCAGCCUCUAAGGGAUCAACCGCGGGUUUUGGAUCUUCAGUUGCGCGCAAUGUCACUCGUGCUACAUCGAAAGGCCCCAUGCCGACCACAGGGUCCAUCCCGGCGCCGAAUACCACCUACAACCCGUCGGGUUCCAAACUCGUGACCAAUCACGGACGCAAGAGUGCGGCGGCCAUCGGCAUUGGUCGCGGAGUCGCGCAUGAUAACAAGCACGCGCCAGAACAGCGACAUGCGAGCCAGAAGCCUGCGGGAGCUCGUGCUGCGGGAGCUCGUGCUGCCCGAUCCGUGACACCAACAGGAGGAGGCCCUCUUAGCGCCGCCGCCAAGUCGGAAGGUGGACCAGGAGGUGCAACAAAUUCCGGUGCUGGAGCAGCAAACCGACGAGGAACAGCAAAAGCUGCAGGUCAGCAGAGAUCGCAGGCCAGGGGACGAGCAGGGGAAGGCGAGGCUGGUCUCUCACAAGAAGCUGAAACGGGACUCUUCAACGCUCUUUUCACAGCGUUGUGGUAAGUAGUGGACAAGGACAUCGACUAGAAGCACUGCAUUUGAUGUAAUUUGUGAUUUUUACAAUUGUUUACAGUAAAAACAAAAUAUUAACCUGCUGUACGUGUACCUAUGGAUACUGUUAGCUUCAGAAGAUGUACCAUUUUAGAUCUCAAGAUGCUGUUAGGAUGAAUGCGCACAACGUGUCCACCCAUGAGAUGAAUGCAAAAAAAGAAAUAAAAAAUGAUCCUUGAAUGAAUACUGUAGUGCAUCAGGACAGCUGAAUACUACGAUGAAAACAGUAGCAAUGACUUCUUCUUGUAUACCACUGCUUGUGAUAAAAAUGUAUACCACUGCUUCUGAUUUCUUGGCAAUGGGUGAGUUGAUAAAAUCGAAUUAAAUUUGCUUUCUAUCAAGAUAAUGCAGAUACUCAAUACUCUGCUUCUUCUAUGUGCUGAUAAUUCGUUCGAGGACUUGUACUUCGAUUUUUCGAAAUCAUCAAGGGAAAGAGAUAGAGUAAUUGCGGCAUGCGUUGGGGUACCAAUGUCUAUUACAAAACAAGUACAGACAGCUUUGAGAAUGAAAACUAAUAUGAGUAAGAGAUACAUGAAGAAAAAGCACAUCACAGGAACCGCAAUGCGAGAAUAAGG